AGGGAGGCUUCGGUGGAGAGGGGGGAAUGCUUCAUUGUGACAGAUAGAGCUUGCGAUGGUUUCCCUGUCGACGUGGUUUCGAUACAUAGCACACAAGUUUGAGUACUCUGUAUCUCUCAGUUGGAAGAGCUAUAAGAUAGGUCAAAUAACAGAUAGUGAAGUAGGUGACACCAUAUGGAAAAAUUUAUUUCAGGGCAAGUUAACAUACUUGCAUUGGAGUAAGGGAGAAGAGAUGGCCCCGACGAUAGGGGGCCAAGGAGGAACUCUUCUUGUUCGUAAACUGGCAACCACAGAUCCAACGCGUGUUUUUGUUGGAGAUGUAGUUGUCUUGAAGGACCCUGAAAAUUCAGAUAGUUAUUUGGUCAGAAGGUUGGCUGCCGUCGAAGGAUAUGAGAUGGCGUCUACUGAUGAGAAAGAUGAGCCUUUUGUUCUUGAAAAGGAUGAGUGUUGGGUAACUUCUGACAAUGAAUCUUUGAAGCCCAAGGAAGCCAAGGACAGUAGAACAUUCGGCCCUGUUCCUAUGACAAACAUUGUUGGUAGAGUCAUAUAUGAGAUGCGAACAGCUGUUGAUCAUGGCCCUAUACAAAACAGUUAUUUCGGUAUGCGAAAGGAUUCACCAGUGUUGGAAGUUGAAUUGGAUGUUGAUGAGAUGGCUAAGAGUGCCAGAUCAUAGGCUCUUCAUGGAUUUAUAAAAAAAUGGUGUGAGCUCUCACUUGAUCUUAUGUGUUUAUUUAUCCCUGGCCAAUUCAUUUAACAGAGAUGUGUUCUGUGUACCUGCUGCUGGAGAGAGAAAAAUUAAUAAAAAUGAGAGCUUUCUUCUCAGUUUGUUGGUAUGGAGGACUGAGUAAUUAUAUACUAUUCCUGACACCUAAUGUGGCAAUUGGGAACUGAUCCUUUUCCUUUCUUAGAUCUUCCUGUUUGCUUUUUCUUUUUGGUAGUGUUGCUUGAGAAUUUUGAGGCAGCUUGUAAUGAAUUUUGCUCUCCA